AUGGAAGCGGCAAUCCGUGGGCUGUUAGAGUCCAGUUUCGGGGACUAUGUGGAGGGCCUGGACAGGGCGUCCGCUGGCAGCUUCCCCAUGACACUGAAGGAUCUAAAGAUCAAGGAGGCAGCUGUCCAAGAGGAGUUGGAUGAAGAUGGCAACUUCCCUUUCGACCUCUCCAGCGGCAGGAUUGGACAGAUCACUGUCAGCCCUGGCUGGAUGGGCACGGUUGAGGUGGUGGCCACCGGCAUCGUCCUCAACUUCUCGUUCAGCCCCAUGAAGGCCAUGAACAACGCCUUCAAGAAGGAGGAGCCGGAUGACGAGGAAGCCGACUUCACUGGAGUCCACUAG